UCCAGUAACCAAUUUAGACCUCAACAGUGACACAAGGCACUGCCGCAGUGAUGACAGAGACCCUGUGAUCACUCGAGACUACCUCAGUGACAACAAGAAAUCCAGUGAUCAAUUUAGACCUCAACAGUGACACAAGUCACAGCACCUCACUAACUUUAUGAAGCACUACGUUACAGAUAUGGAACCCUCAUCAGACUUGUUCCCAUACGUCCUCGGAUGGAUUGUGUUGGAGAGACAGCAGGUGAUGGCACACAAACAUAUCGCCAUAGAAACCUGGUUGGAGGCCCUGGGUAUGAGGGAUUAUUUCCGGGUGUUUAGCAAGUACAAGGGGGUGGAGGAUCUGCUGAAUUUUACAGAAACAGAGAUCAAAGAUUUAGGCAUACAUAACCCGGCCCUUAGGGCAAAGGUCGUGUCCAGUCUCCGCAUCCUGAAGGAAAAACAUCAGCGAGGAUACAAGGUGGUACCAGGUCUCCAUCGGAGCCUCAGUGCCACAGCACAGUUACAGACUGUACCGACCUCUCAGACAACCUCAAGUUACCCAGACUACCAAGUUGUCAAUGUUUCCGCUGAGCGCCUAGAGCGUGAUCUCACAGCUGAGUUAAGGUCGGACCCCUCUGAGCUUCAACACUGGCCAUGGUACCAUGGCAAUAUAUCUCGACAGCAUGCUGAGAAAGUCGUGACUCGUGACGGAGAUUUCCUUGUGAGAGAUUGUAUAUCUCAGCCUGGAGAUUUUGUCUUGACUACUGGGUGUCGGGGGGUACCAAUACAUUUUGUGAUCAAUUCUCAAAUAACGGAGAGACCUGAUUCUACCACACCAGAUAUAUCCUAUUAUUUUGAGGAUGAACAAUUUGGUUCUGUACAGGAUUUGGUAGACUUUUACAAGUCCCAUCGCAAAGGGAUCACAAAAGCAUCAGGUGCUGUGAUAAAGAAUCCUAUUGGUCGAACCAUGCCGCUGAGCUAUUACGACUCCAAAUAUGGUAACAAGGCAAGUCUGAUUGGUGCUGCAGACUAUGCAUACACACCUACACAGAGUCCUCAUGCUAGUCCAUACAACAGCCCCAAAGUCAGUCCUAGGGGAAGUCCUAAGUCUCGACAUAAACGGCCAUUACGCACAGGUAGUCAGCCUUUGCUGGACAUUGUGGACACAGAGGAUCGGGAGAAUGUGAUUAUAUCUAACAUGGAUCGUUGUGACAGUUUACCCAGCAUUCCGAAUAAACUUGGGAACACAUCAUUGACAAUGAAGACUUCUGUAUCAUCAUCUAAUUUACCCCCGUAUCAUGUGAGGUGUGGAAGUGAACCAGUGCUGAUGGACCCAGGUCUCUUUAUCGUAAGUAAUAGACAGGGACAGUAUCUCCAGAUUCCAGCCGAAGCACGUCUCAUGCCUUCCAGCUCAGACAGCAACCUCUCAAAGCCAGCACCUCCCAAACCUAGUCGUAUACCAUCUGUUAAGUAUAAACAAAGACCCAAAGUUGAAGUGCGAAAUCGUGACAUGUAUGAGGAUGACGGAAGGGAUUACUCAGAUUACAGCCAGGUGAAGGAAGCACCUAGCUGGCUGGAACGAAACAAUUUGUCAAAUCAAAACAGGGCAUUCCCUGUGGACCAAAAUGCUAAUUUGGCUGGGGACUCGCAUAUGAAUGAUUAUGAUAAUGGUUAUAACUCUGAAAAAAUUCCGUACAAUAUUAAUCAGGAAAAGGUGCGAAAUGGAAACUCAAACCUGCAUAUCACUGACAGUCAAAGGUCAAGGUUAUCAUCUGAUACAAAGUUUUCAUUCUUGGAUAAUCGUGACUACGCUAUGGUUCCGGAUACUCCAACCACUAAAACUCCCACCAAUAAGACUAGUGGUGAGAAUUUUGAAGAUAUCUCUAGCUCAGACAUGCUUAAAAGAACUAAAAGUCAAAUGAUGUCCAUACCGACUGAUAAUGUUGGAUCAACCUUAAAUAUUGCUAAGUAUUCAAGUGACAUUUUGCCAGAGGAAAAUAAACCUUUGGAAACUUCAACAUUAGUGACUGUGAAAAGCUUGUUACUUUCAACAGAUCCAAGAAUACUAGCAUUACACAUGACCAAAAUUGACCUUGAGAGUCUAAAGGUCAUUUUUGACAGUGAUCUUGGAGUUGGUGUGAAGUCGGGAUUGGAGUUAAUGACACUUCCACAGGGGAAACGGCUGCGACAGGACACAGUUGAGAGGUGUUGCUGUUUGAAAUUAUUCACAAGGACCACAAUUUUGACAUGUCAGAAAGUAACAGACCGUGCUAAGAUGCUUAGUCAGUGGAUAGAGGUCGCUCUUCAGUUGAGGGUCACGCUAGGAAACUUGUUCGCUUUUUCUGCGGUGAUGGAAGGCCUGGCUAGUAUUCAGAUUCAGAGGCUGAGAGAUACUUGGAUGGUGCUGAGACAGAACCACACGUCCAGUGCUUUUACCUUUGACACAAAACACAAGGCAGCACUCAAGUCACUCAAUGAUGGCAGUGGCUUGCUACCCCUCCAAAAUGUAACCAUACCAGACAUUAGUUCUCUUGUGGUGCUGCUAGAACGGGACGAUGAUUCCCUUCUAGAUUAUCUCCCUUGGGAGAAUGCCGAUCCAAACUCGGGGUUAGACAUUUUAUUGACCCACCUGGACACAGCACGUUUGAUCACUGCCCAGGCAGGACUGUACAGUGUUACAGGUCAAGCUUUGCUGAACGCCUUUACCCCUGAUACCGAACUAUUAGAUAUUUUUCGUACAGAGUUCCAAAUGAAGCUGCUGUGGGGCGCCAAAGGGGCAAGUGUUGAACGGACAUUAAGGCUGAAUAAAUUUGAACAACUACUGACUGUCUUGUCAAAUCGAGCAGAGCCCCCUGGUGAUGAUGGCACAGAAGUGUGAUUGAAACAAAGAUUUAGUGAUGUGUGACGUGGUGAUGUUGUAGAGUGAAUGUUUGACUAAACUGUUUGUGUUUUUAAAAAUCGUUACCAGGCAAGCAAGUUGUGCUGAUGGUAUAGGUAUGAAAAUGAGUGCCCAAGUGAACUGUGUGGAAUUGAGUGAUGGACAAGUGUUUUAUCAGUAUUGUUAUAAAGUCUUCCAGAGUCUGAUGACUCUCAUAACUGGUGCUGGAUGGUCGAAUUAGGAUCCAUUCAUAAACAUAUAAAUCCAGUUUACAGCAAAUGAUAUAUAUAAGUAUAACAGAAUACUCAUCAUUAUCAUUAUGGCAUGUUCGUUAAGGAGUCAUACUGUUCUAGGAUGUCAUUGUCAAGCAUUUAAUACCUUAAUAUUGUAAGAUAUAUAAUAUGUUACAUAGGUAGGAUAUUUUAAAGGCCAUUUAAAGAAAAAGUGGUUCUUGAUUUUUAAUUUGUUAAAAACUAGUCCCAUCUAGUUCUUUAAACUCUCAGAAUAUUGAACAGAACUUGUUUGCAGUUCUUCUAAAUUCUCAAUAAGGCACCUAACAUUAACUGCAUUUGAUUGUUUGUUAAGCUUUCUGUAUAUUGAUUUUUAUUUUGAGAAAUUACUUGAUGGGAGAGAUGUACUCAGAGAUUUUCAUAUUAAUAUAUAACCAUUAAUACUUACUUAGAUACUUAAAAACAAAACAAGAAGAAUUUGGCUAUAAUGCAUUCUUGAAUGAGCAAAAAAAAGUUUCUUUCACAAAUAAAAUACUCAAGUUCAUGCUACAUCACUUUUGUUACUAAUUCAGAAAAAGUGAUGAUGAAAUUGUCUUACUUCGAUAAUUUCCCGAAGUUCAACAGAUACUUUGUCUUUCAUUCAGGGUGUCAUUUUGAAAUUAUCAUGCAGGCAUUAAACUGAAUAUAUUGAAUUAAUGAUUUCAGAAAUUCUUUUGGAAGAGAAUGUGAUCUUUGAAGUAUCCUAGGGCAUGUUUAGUUUUUGUUUUAGACACAGAGAUGUUUUAUCUACUGAACUUUUUAUCUUUUAGCAUUUUUUUGGUAAGAUUAUA